CGAUUGGGAAAAAUACAAUGCACCUCUUUGUGAGAGUGUCUACCUCGUAGUUCGAAAAUAGUGACCCAAUUACAUUAUAGUUAAAACAAGACAAAUAGAUAAGAUUAAUAAUACUACAAGCAUAUAGGUUAUUGUAUAAAUACAACAAUUUGUAUUAAUUUUUGUAUUAGAAAAUUCGUUUCAUGUUCACCUGUAUUAUCUCGUAAAGAGUGCUGUAACUCCGUGAAAUUAUGAUUUUGAAGUACGUUUUUUUCAACCAAUUCGCCGGAGCCCUUUGUGCAGUAUGCCUGGUGGGCCUGCUGGCCGGCGUGGCCAUCAGCUGGUCGUCCCCGGUCAUCCCGAAGCUCCAGCACCCCACCGACGACAACCCCUUCGACCAGCCCAUCACCGCCGCCCAAUCCUCCUGGAUGACCUCCCUGAUGACGCUCGGCUCCUGCACCGGCUGCUGCCUCUUCGGCUACCUCGCCCACUUCCUCGGCCGCCGCCCCGCCAUGUGCGCCCUCAACGCCCCCAUGGCCCUCGGCUACGCCCUCAUGGCGCUCCACCCCACCAUCGAGGUCUUCUACGUGGCCCGCUUCCUGGCCGGGCUCUCGCUCGGCGGCGGCCAGAUCACCACGCUCGCCUACAACAGCGAGAUCAGCAGCAAGACCAACCGCGGCGCGCUGAUGACCUUCUCGGCGAUGAUGGUGAGCGUGGGAAGCCUGCUGGGGUACUGCAUCGGCCCUUGGUUGAGCGUCACCACCUUCAAUCUAAUCAUAGCCGUGAUUACUAUCGCUGCGACGCUUCAAGCUGUGUUGUUCUGCAUCGAAACUCCUUAUUUCUACCUGAUGAAAGGCGAAGAGCAUUUGGCCAAGCAAUCGUUGAUCGCCUACAGAGGAGCCGGAGUUAACGUCGAUAAAGAAAUCGAAGAGAUCAAAGAAAACAUCAAAGAACAGCGCGAAGGGAAUCUCUCGGACGUGAUCAAAACCAAAGCCUUCGUGAGGAGCUUCGUGACCGCCACCGUGCUGUUGACUUUCCAGCAAUUGACCGGCAUCAACGGCGUGCUGAUGUUCAGCCAAUCGAUCUUCGAGAGCACCGGCUCGAAUUUCUCGCCGGCCGUUUGUUCGAUCGUGCUGGGCGCGCUGCAGGUGGCCAGCGGCGCCAUCGGCCCGCUGGUGGCCGAGAGGUUCCGCCGGCGGUUGCUGCUGGCGGUGUCGGCGUUGGGGAUGGCGGCGGCGGAGGCGGUGCUGGGGGUGUUCUGCGUGCUGAACGACUUGGGCAACGUGGCGCCGGCGAUGAACUUCGUGCCGGUGGCGAGCCUCUGCUUCUUCGUGUUCAGUUAUAACUUCGGCGUGGGGCCGCUGUGCUGGAUCGUGGGGGCGGAGGUGUUUUCGACGAGGGUGAAGACGUGGGCGUUUUCGAUAUCGAUCAUUACCUAUCACGGUAUCGGGUUCUUCAUAGCGCAGUAUUUUAAUGCAGUGGCGUCGGCUAUAGGUAUAGGGGAGUUGUUUUUUAUAUUCGCGGGGUUUUGCGCGCUGUGCAUAUUGUUCAUUCGAUUCUACCUUAUAGAAACUAAGGGUAAAUCGUUGGAAGAGAUUCAAUGUAUGUUGAAAACGUAGAUUAUAAAUGGUUUCUAUUAAAUGUCGAAAUAGGUACUUAUUUAUUUGCUUUUGUAAACGUUCUGCAACUGUAAGUUCUCUUGAGUUAUUUAAGAUGGAUUAUUUUAGUUGUUAUUUUAAUAUAGGGUGGCUCGAAAUUAGUGGAAUAAAAUAAAAUUGCUACAAACUAAUUUCGUGGCCUCCUGUAUAUAUUUACUUAACAUUUCCAAUAUAUUGUGAUGUUACUUUAAGCUAGAUAAAAAGAUUUUUUAUAAACAAGUUAUUGAAAUUAUUAUCAAUAAACGCUUAUAAAUAUAAUUCAAAAAUACUCUAAAAUUGUUACGAUUACGAUAGGAUUCUAUCCCAGGUCCUUUUGGUAUAUUAAAA